AUGGCAACCGAAAUCCACGUCGUCUCCAAAAAGGAUCUCACCAAACAUAAGACUGUUCCAGCCAGUGUGUCUCUUCCGCCAUUAUCAGCCUCCUCUAUCCGAGCCCGCUCAUCGCUCGUCGCAUUGACCUCAAACAACCUCUCAUACGCUAAACUGGGAAACCACCUGCACUGGUGGUCUGCCUGGCCCGUCCCUGCCGAUGCCUCGGCCCCGUAUAAUAACAAGGCUGAUUGGGGCAUCGUCCCAGCCUGGGGCUUUGGGAGGGUACUCGAGUCCAACUUCGACUCUAUCCCUUCUGGCAGCCUCCUCUACGGCUUCUGGCCAACCUCAUCUCACCCAGUUGACCUAACGCUGGAAACCAGCGACCCCGAAACUCACUUCCGUGAGGUAAGCGAUCACAGGCGAGAGCUCGGUAGUAUGUAUAAUCGUUACAGCCUCGUGGAUGAGAUGGUACGACCAGAGGACUCUUGGGCGCUUUUCGCCAACGCCUACUCCAUCUGGAACGCCGGUUACGUGCUCAAUCGCUUCUGCUUCCCUACGGAGUAUAAGCCAGCACACCCGUUCGGGCAGCACGGCGGAGAGUGGACGGAUGAAGACGCGGAACUCAGCGCCGCUGUGCUUGUGAACCUCUCGGCAUCGAGCAGGACCGGGAGGAGCGCCACCUGGAACUUCACGCGGAACCGCAAACCGGGUGUCAAUGGCCCGCUCGCAUUUCUGAGCGCGACGUCUUCUCCAAAAGCUCUGGAGCCUGCGCCACAAGCCGCGUUCGAGGUCGAAUGCGUCAGCUACGACGACCUGGCCGCCGGAAAGACGGUUGAGUGGAUCAGAAAGUUCAAGCCUAAGCGCAUCGUGGUUUUGGAUAACGGCGCUCCUGUAGCCAUUACUGAGCAGUUUCGCGAGGUACUCAAAGCAGCGCUGCCCGAGGCGCAAGUAAGUCUGGUCUUGAUCGGAGUUGAACCGAAGAUGGGGACUACCGAUGAGCUGGUGGCUCUCCUAGGGUCUAAACGGAAGUCCGGCGGUACCGUUGAGCUCGACUCGACCUCCGUUAUAGAUAUCGGGGUCGCUACAGAGGGCGGGGACAAGUUCUUUGAGGAGAACGAAAAGGCUUUUAACAGGGCGGUCGAAGAGAAUUAUCUCGGGGACAUGGAGCUGGUUCAGGGUAGUGGAGUUUCUGGAUCCGAGGGAGUCCAGGGGGGAGCGGGUAAGCUGGGCUUCUGGGUGGUUGAAGCGUAG